CUGCCUGUUUGCGCAUCCCUGUCUUCUCAGGAGUUUCAAACUUGUUUAUACGGAUCUUGGUCUUUGCUUUUUGGCAUUGAGGGAUCUAAAUGGGAGCCUUUGGUUCUCGGAUCCGUCCAUGGGAACUUGUAGACAAUGUUCGGCGGGGAAUGGAAGGAUAUUGACGCGAGGAUACUUUGAGUGAGGACAUCGAGUCAGACCUUGUAUUUUGCGUGGCGUUUGGAUUCUUGUCUGAUCGGUCUAGUAGGUCGUAAUGAAGUUGAGCAGCUUACUUGUAGCUGACAAUUCAGUUCUUUCUAUUCAUGCGAACAUUUUUUCUUAAUAUUCUGUUGGGAGCGUCGUUCUAUCAGAUUACGCUUAUCAAUGCAACUAAGAUCUUCAGAGCAGAUUUGGGCUUCUUUAUGUUAGCUUGAAUUUCACUAACAAAGUUGUAUAAGGAAAUGGAGGACUCUGGAAUAUCAAGUUUUUGGGGACCUGUGACAUCCACUACAGAACUAUGCGAGGAAAACUAUGCAUAUUCUUCAUAUAUUGCUGAAUUUUACAACACUAUAUCAAAUAUUCCUUGCAUUCUUUUGGCACUUGUUGGUCUAAUAAAUGCUCUAAGCCAAAGAUUUGAGAAAAGAUUUAGUGUUCUUCAUAUUUCCAAUAUGAUCCUAGCAAUUGGGAGCAUGAUCUUCCAUGCCACACUGCAAAAUGUACUACAGCAGAGUGAUGAAACUCCAAUGGUAUGGGAGAUGCUGCUAUAUCUUUAUGUUAUUUACUCACCAGACUGGCACUAUAGAAGCACUAUGCCGACUUUUCUUUUCCUAUAUGGUGCUGCCUUUGGCGUUAUUCAUUUCUUUGCGCGCUUCGGAAUAGGUUUCAAGAUACAUUAUAUCAUCCUUUGUCUUCUCUGUGUCCCCCGGAUGUACAAGUAUUACAUACAAACAAAAGAUAUAGCAGCUAAACGGCUAGCCAAACUCUUUGUGACGACAUUUUUACUGGGGGCUUUAUGCUGGCUGUUCGACAGAAUCUUCUGCAAGAAAUUAAUUCAUUGGUAUGUCAACCCUCAGGGCCAUGCGUGGUGGCAUGUUCUUAUGGGAUUGAAUUCUUACUUUGCGAAUACAUUUUUGAUGUUCUGCCGUGCUCAGCAACGCGGCUGGGAACCACAAGUUGUUCGUCUCUUUGGCUUCUUUCCUUAUGUGAAGAUUCAGAAAUCCAAAAAGCAGGAGUGAGAAGCCAGUUUGCAAAAUGUUUUGACAUUAGGUUGGUUCUUCCUUCUAAAACAGAUGUUUGACAUGAUUUGUUAGUUAGAACAUGAACUGGCACUUGCUUUGUAACAUAACCAACUCUGCAAUCCAUGCUGACAUGAUGUAGUGGAUGAUGAA